GGAGGCAAUUUAGAGGACUGCCUUAAUUAGAGAUCUCAUGUUUUGUUUUUUGUUUCUCUUCCCAGAAGGAUUCAUAGUGACUGGAUUAGAGGGACCAAUCUUGGCUCCACUUGGUACAGCACUUGACCUCAGCUGUCAGCUGUCUCCUCCACAAAAUGCCCAUCACAUGGAGAUCCGCUGGUUCAGGUCCUGCUAUACACAGCCUAUUUAUCUAUACAAUGAUGGCAAAGAUCUAUUUGGAGAAAUUAUCCCCAAAUAUGUGGAGAGAACAGAACUCUUGAAGGACAGCAUUGAAGAAGGAAAAGUGACUCUCAGGAUCUUUAAUGUCAAUCCUGAUGAUGAUGGGCAUUAUCACUGCAUCUUCAAGGAUGGCCAGUUCUACGAAGAGCACAUCACAGAGGUCAAGGUCACAGCUGGGAGCUCCCAGGUUCAGAUUCUUGUUCAUCCUCCUACUACAAAAGGUGUGACAGUGGAGUGUCACUCUGGACGCUGGUUCCCAAGGCCUCUCAUGGAAUGGAGAGACAGCAGAGGAGAGGUAAUUCCAGCUGCAUCAAAAACCACUUCACAGGAUGGAGACAAAUUGUUCAAUAUGGAGAUAACCCUUCUACUUAGAGACAGCUCCUUCAGGAAUGUCACUUGUUGCCUUUGGAACCCUGUAACAGGCCAACAGGAAAGCACAACCAUUGUUCUACCAGAUGAAAUGUUUUCUUGGAAUUAUAUUUGGAAGAUGGUUGUGGGUGUAGUUCUGGCUAUGAUGACACUCUUCAUCAUAAUUCCCUGUAUUAAACUUCAAAUCCUAGAAGUCUUUGUUUCAGAAGCCCAACUUGACUUGGAUAGUAUGUGGUUGGACGACACAAGUAUGAUCCUGAGCAUGCUAAUGGUGAUCCUUGUCAUGUUCAUUUCCUUUAUUUACUUCAUAUUGAGAGGUCAUAUCAUCACAGCGAAGGAAACAUGUCUGGGGCUCAUCAGCUCAGAUAACUACCUCGGUAUGCAAGUUUCUGUGUGCACAAUGCUUUAA